UCCCCUCCCCCUCUCUCCUUCCCUCCCCAUCCCUCUGCCACUCUCCUUCAAAUCUCCGCUGAGCGAUUAAAGACUGGAGACCCCCGGCGUCUCCGAGAACAGCAGUCGGGGACCAGCCGAGAAACACCCCAAAGGCACUUCCAGAAUGUCCGAUUCAGCAACUUUCUUUUCUCCCUCCCUCCCCUUCUCCCCCCUUCAAGGGCAGCAAAGGAAGCUUUUGUUAUUUGCUUCUUUUGAAGUUUGCUUCCUUUUUGACGGGGCCUCUCUCCUGUUUAUAAUUUAAGACUCCGGAGUGCGGGAGUGCGAGAGCACUCCACUCUCUUUCCUAGAAACGUGAUUUCUUGGUGUCUCUCGUAGCCUCAGUUUGCCAGACUUCCUGCGUGCCCAAUCACACCAAAACACAGGUGGAUGGAGCUCUUAAACUUUUCCCGGUUCCUGAGGUUUGUCGGAUUGGGUUUUGUUUGUUUGUUUUCUAAUUUUUAAUGGCAGUUUGGAAACGUUGUUACGGAUCUCCCUCUCCCCUCAUUUUUUUUCUUUUUUUUUUUUCCUCGGGUCCGCUCGGUUGUGUGGCUUGCUCCCACCCCCAACCCGCUCACUCUGUCCUCCCAUUCCCACCCCAGCCCCUUUCAUUCAGGUAAAACAGUAAAUUUCCCAACGCGCCAUUGUUCCCUUCGAUCUCCCAAAGCUCCCUAGAGAUCCCGGAAUACUUUUUUGGUAUUUAAAUCCCCGGUAGAUAGGACCAAUGUAAAUUUUGUGACAUUCAAACCUUUUCCAGUUCACAAAUCAGUCACCCUUGUCACAGUUAUUGAAAUUCCGCAACUUGCCACAACAAGACGGUGGAAAAAGCGGGCGCGGUCUUUGUUGCCGACCAGGCUUUUGAUCGCCAGAGAAAAUUUACUUACCUUCAGAUGAGUGAGCAGAAAAAGAAAUAACACUCCCUUUGAUUUAGUUAGGAAAAUGCAGACAUUUGGAUUCCGUGCAAACAUACAACACUCGCUUGUUUUCGCGAUGCGGCCCUCGAUUAACCUGUCUUUGCCCAGCGCAAAGUCUAUUCAACAACUGCGCGUAGUUGCUUUUUGUCCCAUCCACAAAGAACCAUUGACUAUAUAUUAAAAUGAUUGUUGAAAGGUAGAGGGGUAUGGCACGUAAAAGCAGGGGGAAAAUCCCUGUAACUCAAUCAAUUAAACCGGGCGACAUUUAUACAUUUCAAAAAAUGCACGCGGAUGUGGAGCCGGGGGCGAUGGAGGUUGCAUUUCUACUUAGCUCAGUUUUAAGCCCAUCAGCUUGGCCCAGGACUUAGCCUUAGCGCCUGCAUAUUCAUUAGGUCUAAUUAUUUUCUAGUAAGGAAAACACAAAAAGCCAAGAGUCGGAAUCCUUCAAUUUGCCCUUUGUUUCUAACUUCAUUUGGCUUCUUUGCAGCUGAAUCAAGGCUCUAAACUCUUUGCCAGACAAAGGGACCUUCAACUCAUCCUUUCACAUGAUGUCCGGUUAGAAAACUUAACAGUUCUCCAAGCAAAAGGAAAAGAAAACCUCUCUCUCUCUCUCUCUCUCUCUCUGCCAGCUAGCUUUCUAGGGCUAGAGGAAGGAUGAUCACCACUGGCUACUCCUAGCCUCCUUUCUAGUUUUUGUCCCCUACCAACCAGAUUUUGGUUUGGGUAGACUGAACUGGAACCGGGCUGUUCUACACACACACACACACACACACACACACACACACACACACACACACACCUUCUGGCCCUGAGGUCAAAUUGUGGAUGUUGAUGAUAUCCCUGUAUCUGAAGAGAUUGUGUUGAGCAUCUAUGCUUGUGGGGCUAGGAAAUAGAAAUUCUAGGAAAACAAAAAUAUUCUGUCCCCAGCAACAAGUCUGUGCCCAGUAGUCCAGCGCUUCUCGCUUAAUCUGAGGGGACUCCUGUAAGGAGUGACAGAAAAAAGCGGAGGCAGCCGGUGUUAGGGUCUUCUCUCUUUUAACCUAUUACGUAUUUUCUUGAGGAAAAAGAUACACCAGGCCAUUCAGUUCCUUUUGCUCCUACAAGGGGAAGUUGGAUCCUAGAAUUAUGAAAAUCGUAUAUUCUAGGAGAUAUUUCCUCUAGAGGCUGCACUGCUCUUUCACUAGGGAGAACAAAUAUUGAACCCACCUUGACUGCUUUAAAAAAAAAAAAAUAGGGAGGGGACCUGAGGGAAGGGUGGCUGUUGGGAGAGGGGAGGGAAAAUAAUUCUUCAAAAAAGAAAGUCAGGCUUCUCUCCUCCAGUCUGUGGAAAAUCCACCGGGGACGUUGACAGAGGGUAUUUUUAGGAAACCCAUCCAAAUAUACAAGGAAACGCGAGCGGCUCCAGUUCAAAGCCACAUGCACCAACGUGACAUAUAAGCCAUUAAAAUAUCAUCCUGACGGCUCAUUUCUGCUUCAUCAUACAUUCCCUAACUGCUUCCCCGAAAGCUGGAGAAGGAGAAAUGAAGGAUGACCGACCCGGUGGAACCACAAAAGAGGCAUAGAGGGGUUUCUGGUCCCCCCUCUUCUACCCCAAAGUGAUGUGCAGAAAUGAGGUGAUCCGGGCAACAGGUGGAGCAGGGUAAGUGCUUGAAACCAGGGGGGUCAGUUGGGGAAGGCCUGUACCCUCAACGGCCUUGUAGCAAAUGUACUUGUGGGGGCCAUAGGCACCCUAAGCCCGCUGGGAGAAUAGGCCCAGUCAGACUUUUUUUCUCCAUCUCUACCUUCACAUACACACACACACACACACACACACACACACACACACCAUCGCGGGUACAGGCCCCACCCCACUAAUUCUAAAGGGGGUGGGGAGGGGCAGCGUCGAGGAUGAGUCCUUUCUUUCCUCUGGGAGGGAGUGGGUGCAAGAAAGACAGAUGGGGCUUCUACAGGCAAUGGCACCAAAACCAGCUUGUUGCCCGCUUGUCUUCACUCCUCUCUUUUUGUAAAUUACCUGGGUGUGCCCACCGUGGGCACAAGAAGAGCAAAACUGACCAAGUUUUGUCCUUCUUGUUCGUGGUGGAAACCACCGAGAGGGUGCUCGCGACAAGGGUCAACGCUAGGUGGAUUGCUGCUUGGCUGCUCCCCUGCCUCCACAGCCUUGCCUGACAGAUGCAGAGAGCCUCAAAAUGCUUUCAAGGAUGUAUGGUUGCCGAAUGCUUGGUAGCUCCAGCCACUGACAAGCAAUCUUAAGAGGGAGGCACUGUUUCUAAACUUUUCAACUGAAAAAAUAAAAAAGAGAGAGAGAGAGACAAGUUGACACCAAACAACAACAACAAUAACAACAACAGCAACAACAACAAAAUGGCUCAAACUCAGAAAAUGAAGUACAAGACCUCCCUGGUGAUGAGGAAGCGAUUGCGGCUGUACAGAAACACUCUGAAAGAAUCAAGUAGCAGCUGUGGACACCAUGGGCCCCAGCUCGCCUCGGCUUCGAACCCCUCUGUGUUUCCGGGCCUUCAUGAGCAGCCUCCUCAGGCCUCCCACAGCCGUCCUUUGAACGGACUCCUGCGUCUGGGGAUCCCUGGAGACAUGUAUGCGAGGUCGGAAGCUUUUGCACCGGGGCCUAUGGCCCGCAGCGACACUCUGGCAGCAGCCACAGCCCUGCACGGUUACGGAGGCAUGAACCUGACCAUGAACCUCACCGCACCCCAUGGCCCUGGAGCCUUUUUCCGCUACAUGCGCCAGCCCAUCAAACAGGAGCUCAUCUGCAAGUGGCUGGGAGAUGACAGCCCGCUGUCCCCGCGUCCCUGCUCCAAAACUUUCAGCACCAUGCACGAGCUGGUUACCCACGUCACCGUGGAGCACGUCGGUGGCCCAGAGCAGGCUAACCACAUUUGCUUCUGGGAGGAGUGUCCGCGACAGGGCAAGCCCUUCAAAGCCAAAUACAAACUUGUAAAUCACAUCCGUGUGCACACGGGCGAGAAGCCCUUCCCUUGUCCUUUCCCAGGGUGUGGGAAGGUCUUUGCUAGAUCAGAAAAUCUCAAAAUACACAAACGAACACAUACAGGCGAGAAACCUUUCAGAUGUGAGUUCGAGGGCUGUGAGCGGCGUUUCGCCAACAGCAGUGACCGCAAGAAGCAUUCGCACGUGCACACUAGCGACAAGCCUUAUAUGUGCAAGGUGCGCGGGUGUGACAAGUGCUACACGCACCCCAGCUCUCUGCGAAAGCACAUGAAAGUUCAUGGUCGUUCGCCGCCACCCAGCUCUGGCUACGACUCGGCUAUAACGUCUGCUCUCGCGUCGCCCUCGUUAGAAAGCGGCCGUGAGCCCUCAGUGGCUUGCUCUGCUGCGGUGGUUGUGCGUGGCACAGACGUGAGCGAAUGAUGUUGCUUGCAAGGUAAUCUUGCCCUGCGCAGCUGAGCGCCCGCAUCUUGCGCCUGCGACAUCAAAGGGCUCUCGCACAAAGCAGUGUUUCUUCGCCACGGUGCAUCUUCAUGGUAAGUUAGGAUUUCUAUGGCAAUGGGCAAGUCUCACUGAAAUCCUGAAAGGCUGAGCCUGGAGCCCGUCCAGGCUUUUCAUUAAGGACAUAAUAUUUACGUCUAACAGGCCUUUUUUCUUGUGUAUACAAGUAUAUAUUUUUGUUUGACGCGGACUAAAUCAUUUUCAUUUAAUUUCCGGUAAACAAAACCCACGCGAAUGGGCACUUGUUCCCGAUCAUAAUAAAAAUGGAUAAUAAUGCGAGGGAAGAAAAGGGCCGCUUGAAUCGCCGCUCAGCUCUCUUUGUUUCUGCUUUCUGCGGUGAUCAGAGGGCGUAUUUGGGUUUGAUGGCGAGUUUCUAAAGGCGAGGAAAUGGUUUGUAAGAGGGAAAAGAAAAGGAGAAAGGUCCAAUCAAGCUCGGGUUGUUCAAAGAGUCGCGUUUUGGGGUUGAAAGUGUGAGUUUGACGGUGCAUCAGCAUGCCGCGUUAGGCUCGCCAUGGAAAUGCGCGCGGGGAGCGGCCGCUUCAAAGGCGGCACACUUCACUGCGGACACUCUAUUAAGAUACAUUUGCGCUGACCUUUGCUUUCAUGCCAUUUAAUACUGUCACUGUGCUCUCCAGUAUAUACUUCCUCCCAGGACCUGUCUUGCCAGUGUUUAGGGGUUCACCAUGCACCCUGAUGUAGCGGACUUUGGCACCCGGGAUUCUUUCAAGAAAGGGAGGAGGAGCCGGACUCUGAACACGUUGACAGCGCCCAUAGGCUCCAGAGUCAGAGAAAAAUGACUAGGGCAUCCCGAGAAGUUUACCAAAGGAGCAUCCCCAGCUCAGUUGUGUGCAACAGAGUCGAAUGGGGAUUUAAGACGAAGGUGGCCGACUUGGGGGAAGUAAGGGAACUGUUAACUAAGCCUCAGGGACAGUUAGUUUCCCUGCGUUCCCCAGAGGUGCCAUACUGCUUCCUAACCCUAGAAGUCUCUCAGCCUCUUAAGCUUUUCCUCUGAUGUGCUACUAUGUGGUAUCCUUAGGUCUGAGCUGGCUUUGGGAACAAACUGAAAAGCCCAAGGCCAAGGGGAUGAGGAAGAUGGCAGCAAAGUUAGAAGUCCAUGUUCCCUUAAUUGUCUUGUUGUUUAUUUUAUCCAAGUACCCUAGUGAAUAGGGGAAAAAUAAACACCGUGGAAAAAAAUCAAACAGUAGAGUCUUCUUUAGUGCCCGUCCUUGUGGUUGAAUAAAAAAGAUGGUCUGCCUUCUAUUGAGCUGAGAAAUCUUUGAAGUGGGAGUUAUUAUCUGAGACAUUCCUGCUUGUCGUCCUAACAACGCUGGUGAGAUGUAAAAGGUUCUUUGUCAGCGAUUUGUUCUCCUCUCUGUCAAACUCACUUUGCCCCAUUGGUCCCAAACCAUUGCUAAAGAGAUAAAAUCAAAUUUCUUUAAAAAGAAAAAGAAGAAGAGAAGAAAAGAAAAGAAAAGAAAAAGACCCUUACACUCCACCAGUAGAUAACUUUAGGAAUAAGUUUUGCUAUGGGGUAUCCCUCCUCCCAAAAACAAAACAAAACAAAACAAAACAAAACCAUUGUGUAGUUUCAGUCCUGGUGAUGUGUGUAGAUGUUGGAAGGCCCUUUGCACCAAAACUGGUAUGUUAGGUAAUGAAAGAAGGGUAGAGGUAGAGGGGAAGUGUCCCAAGUUGAUGCUCUGGAUGGUCCUGAGACAGUGCUUUCUGUCCUGGCAUGUAUCCCAUCCACCCAGGUUUCCUAAUUGGAUGAAUUUUGCUGGAGAUCACUCUGGCUCCAAAUAUUCCUGCUUGGAACUUAAGCCUGAAUACAGGUAAUGUUAAAGCUUUCCCCCUUUCCAAGAAAGUUCUGGUAUAAAUAGAUCAACUGUGUUUCCAAAUCACUAGCAGCAAUCAGCACACGUUUCUGUCAUUUAACCUAAAGGAUGGUAGCAUAAGGGAGAGAAACAUUUUAAUAUCACCCCCCUUUUCCUAAUCAUCUUGGAGUUCAGAAAGUUUGGUUGACAAGAUAGUGACAAAAAAAAAAAAAAAUGCAUGCAUAUGCCUCCUCCUUCCCUAUGUGCAUUUCUUCAUUUUAUAGUGUGCCUAGAAAGGAAACUUUGCCUCGAUCAGGUUUUCUAGACCUCCUGUUAUAGUUUUAAAAGUGAUUAAAAUAGAUAAAGAUGUGCCCAUCACUCUACCCCCUGUGCUUACUAAAUGAUUUGUGAAGAACUCUCCCCAAGUUGUAACCCAUGUACUCGGUUAGAGUUGUUGCAAAAUGUCUCUUAUAUUGAUGUUGUUUGUUUACCUGACUCUCCAUAUGUCUGUUUGUAUUGCUAAUUUAUGGGGAAAAUGUAAUGAUUACAAUGAAAGUGAAUUAUACAGUCAGACAAAUCUCUUAUAAUCAUAACUACACACAAGUCUGAGUCAAUGUUAGAUUAUUGGUACCUUGUCUAGCUACACUGUGAUUUUAAAAUCUUUCCCCUUAACAGCAGUUAAAUUAUGAACUAAUUUGAAGGGGGAAAGUUGUUGUGUAUAUUUUUCAGUGGUUGUUGAAUAAAGUUCAAAGCUGAGGCAUAAUCCCCUUGAGAACAUGUACCUGUAAGUUAAAUAAAAUAAUUUUUCUCCCUCCAAAA